GUUUCCGCAACUAACGCCAUGUUUGCGAUCUUCUUUUGUCCGUGACCAUUUUGAUCACACAUCGUAAGCAAGAUCUUUGAUAGAUCCAUCAGAUAAUCCUUGCAUAUACAACUGCACUGUUUGUAUAUCAACAUCUGAAGGACCGCAGGAUCUCUGCCUACCACCACCGUUGUGUGAAUAAUCGUUGCUUUCGGAACAGCCUGGGUUGCGGUGUCGUCCAUCAGCAACAAGGAAUCGAAGGAACAUUUCGACGUUCGGUUUUUGUUUCGUCAAACGAACAGCCAGUUUCCAUAUCUCUCUCUCUCUCACACUCUCUGCUUUUUCACUUGCCGUCGCUUUAAUUCGCAAACCCGGCAAAAAUGACUGAAAUGGAGGAUACCCACUUCGAAACCGCCGAUUCCGGCGCAUCCCAGACGUUCCCGAUGCAGUGCUCUGCUCUGCGUAAAAAUGGUCACGUUAUGUUGAAGGGGCGACCUUGCAAGAUCGUUGAAAUGUCGACCUCCAAAACGGGCAAACACGGACACGCUAAAGUCCAUAUGGUCGGCAUAGAUAUCUUCACUGGCAAGAAGUAUGAAGAUAUCUGCCCGUCUACACACAACAUGGACGUCCCCAAUGUCAAGCGCGAGGACUAUCAGCUUACAGAUAUUGACGAUGGUUUCCUUGUGCUAAUGAGCGACAACGGUGACCUGCGUGAAGAUCUGAAGAUCCCGGAAGGCGAAUUGGGUACACAGCUACGUUCGGAGUUUGAUUCCGGCAAGGAAAUAGUCUGCACUGUCUUGAAAUCAUGCGGCGAAGAGACUGUGAUUGCCAUUAAAAACAACACCUCAGGUGAUAAAAACUAAUACUUCGUUGCCUAUCAAAAAUAUCGAUGCAAGAAAGCAGACACCGUUGAGGAGGAAGUAAACAGCGACAGCAGCAGCAGCAGCAAACAAAUACUGAACCAGAAGCAGCACACAGUUUACAGCACAUACACUCUUGUACACGCCAAGAUCAACAGCAAAAUUUGCCACCUACAAGAGCAAGAGCAUAGCAUACCACCACCAUCUGAGGUUAAAAUAAAAGUAUAACAAAAGAAGAAGAAAUUUUUAACAUGAAAAAUGCGGUAACAGCAAUUAACAUCCAAUGCACUCUCUCUCUCUGCACCGUCGAAAAUAUAAUAACGUCUACAAUGGGAAGAUUCUAAGAAGCAUUUCAUUGAGCGCAAGAUAAGUGGAAGAAUAGACGCAAUACACAAUUGUCACCACAAAGAACAACUUAAAGAGUCUGGCUGUUUUGUUACAGCUGGAGGCGUUGGAUGUACGUGGUGCAGCGAAAACCAUUAUUGCAUUUUUGUUUUUUUUUUCAACUAGAACCUGUUAGAUCCGAUCUAUUCGAAAAAGAUGAAAGAGAGUUUGUGACGCAAACAGAGAAACAUUGUACGGUGCAGCCCUCUCGCAAACACUUAAACAACAGACAUAUAACGUAGAAAGAAUAACGAGAUAUAUAUUACCUUGCAACGACGGUAAUAGCAUUUUCAUCGCGCGUUCAUCCAACGACCAUAUGCCUCGUACUAGCACACACCUAUAUGUCGCUCGAUCGAUGCUUGCAAACGCAUCUGAAGAUGAUUUUUGUUGCCACUGUUAAAGGCAACGAAAACACAUCGACAUCAUCGUUCAUGGAUCCUCCCUCCGCGGUACAGUAGGUCGGAGGACAUAAAAACAAGAGUAAAAAAUCAUAAGAAGCAUUACGGGCUAGGGUAUGCGAUGUUGUUUUCGUGUUUGUAUGGAUGUACGCGAGCCUGAGAAAGAGAACUGAUAUGAUGGAAAAUGGGGAGUAAUAGAUGAUUUAUGAAGGUGUAAUAACGAAUAAGGAAAAUGGUUUGAGACAAUGGUAUAUGAUUUGUUUUUUUUUUGUUUCUACUUUGCUUUAAAAUUAUCUUUUCUGGCGUGGUAAGAAAACGCUAUUUGCAUUAAGUUGCUAUAUACAAUCAUUUAUUAAGUAACACUUCCACCGCAAUCAGUGCAUCGGGGGCACAACGUCCGUUAGUCGCGCAUGGAUAGGUGAAGGUACAGACCAUCAGAUCAUUGAAGUCCGGCAUCGAGAGCGCGUGUGGUAUGGUUUAUUAGCGGAGCAAAUCAUGCAAACUAACUAUCUUCAAAUUCACCACCCCCAGUCCGGUGGUUGGAUAAGCGAGGCGAUUAACGAAUACUUUCCUCUGCUCUACUACACUAGGCCGCGGGUACAUCGGCUGGCGGAACAAUAGAAGACAAAUAACAAGAAGAAAAAAAGAAAGCAAACAAGAAAACGUUCAGGAUUCAAAACUCAUACAUUCGUACACACACACACACAGACAGAGAUACAGGCACAAUUCUGAGCAGAACCAGAUCUACACGUAGAUAUUGAUACGAUGUUACUCAAAUGCUCUUGUUACGCAGUAUGCGCCGAAAUAAUAAAAAAAAGAACAAAAAACUACAAACGGAUGGAAUAAAAGAAAAUUGAAAGCGAGAAAACCCCAAAACAUGACGUAAACACUUACUCCACUUUCCGUCAUUUAGGUUGCCAAAACAGAAACACCAAAUGUGUACCGGGGGGGCAGUGGGAGUUCUCUCUAGAGGAGGCACUUGUUUCAGCGGCUCCCUAUAGGAGAUGUUCAUCGAAACGGCCAACAGAGCCAAAAGACCGGAUAAAUGGUUUUGCAAGUGUGCAGAAAUAAUGCAACGUGUGUUUCGCCUACCAAAAUAACUGCUAUAAAAAAAAGGAAAUUAGCAAACAGAACAAUGAAACAAGUAAAAUUAAAACAGGCUUGGCACUGGCAAGGGAAAGUUGCUAAUCGUAAGAACAACCACAGGAAGACGUAACAAAGCAGCAUGAAAGAUCACACGUGGCUCCAUACGGCGCUGAGCUUGAAGCGUCUUUGAUUCGAAAUCAAAUGUGUGACGAAGGUGUGAGCGGUGCGAAUCAUUCGAUCUAUCCGUGGAUAUCGAAAUGGUUCUAUCUUGGUGGGUGAGGAAACGAGGAAAAUAGAAUAAAAAAAAAUAAAAAACUAUCAUCGAACCUUUUUCCUUGCAUCCUUCUUCGUGUUCCCGAACCCCGUGAGAAGAGAGGGCAAAAUGUAACGCGUUCUAGGUGCAUUAACUGGAAAGAAACGUGCAUUGUGAGCGGUGUGACGAUGUUGAGGGAUUUGCUGCAGAAUAAAUCAUACGAAAUCGUCCUGUACCAUCGAUACGGCGUAACGUCUUGAAAACGAUAUACACGAGAAUCGAAGCAGUGUAGUUUGUUGCAAUUCAUCGGCGGUGAAGUUAUAGCAUGUUGUAGGUUUUAUAAAAUCUAAUAAAAAAAAUUGCCAACAACUACCUUUCCAGUACAGUGCGUACAAUGUAAUCGACCGCAGGGAUCGAAGCACUUUUCCAGUAUAUCAUGAAGAGGCAUUUUUUUUUAAUUUUGAAUCAUUUUAAAGCUUUCUAUAAUAAGUUCGUUGGCUUCGUAAGACAUUUGUUGAUUUUUAAUCUCAAAAAUCUUGAAAAUCUCAAACAAAGACGAUAAUAAUGAUGUAGUAUUGAGCAAAGACCACAGCACACAGCGUUGAUCACUGAUAACCGGGAGCAGUUACUACACCACCAACAAAUUUAAGGGGAGACAUAACGAACGAUAGAGUAUCAUUGCCGUACAACACAAAAUAAUCAUAAUAGGAUACAAUUUAACAAAUGGAACACAAAACACGUGGCCGGGGGACAAAACAUGGAUGUUUAAUUCACGAUGCAUAACGCUGCGAAAGUAACAUAAAUGCGGUAGAUGGAUGUAGGAAAUUGAAAGAUAUAAACCGAAGAAAAUCUAUGCAACAUGACGAUAGAUAGGGUGAGAUAUUAUGAAAUACGUGAAACAAACGAACGUCGGCAAGAGAUGGUUGGGAAUCAAAAUGUUGUGCCGAGACUAGGAAAGUUAAUAAAUGCUAAAAUUUAAAUAUAUUACAAAACAGAAGAGACGCAUACGAAAUCAUAACGAUCCUAUUAGAAUAUGUUACGAUCGACAACGAUUUACCAUUUGGUUUUGUUUAACGUAUUAUGCUAGAUGCAUCAGUUGAAGAAAUACUGGAAGCAGAAAACAAUAACGUGAAUUCAUUUGUAAUUCGUUUUUUAUUGCUUUUUAACCAAUCCAUCAUGUGCAAUAGAAUGCUGAUAUUGGUUACGGAUUCAUUUUACACUAAACGAACAAUACUAAACAAGCAAACAAAGCUAAAUAUGUAAACACAGCAAACAAAACUGGAAUAUAAAUGUAAGAAGCGGAAUAAAAUCAAGCAAAUAAAACAAUAACUAUUACUGGACAUGCAAAUGUGAGAUGUGAAAAAGCUGAACAUUAUUACAGAAAAAAAAACAGUACUUAUACUAAGCCAGGCCCAUAUUUGUCGUUCCAUAUUCCUCUCCGCCAGAAAAUGGUAGACAUACAGGAGCAAAUAAAAACUUUGUAAAAGAUUUAGAAAUAUCCUACUAGCCAAAAACCAAUUGGAAAAAAAGAGGUCUUCGCAAAGGCUACAAGACAAACACACCGUGCGAAACCAUUGGAUCAAAAGAGAAAUGUGUGAGCGAUUUGCAGUGGGUACUACUUGGUAGUUCUGGCAAAAAAAAAAUAGUUUGGCAAACAUGGAACAAGAGCGAGGAGACAACAAAGCUUAAAGCAUGCACUUCAUGCUCGCUCAAGGUACAGGAGAGGAAUAGUAUGAUGAAACAAGUUAUAUAAAUACUAUAAAUGAUAAGAGAACAAUGCUAAACACGCAAGCAAACCAAGUCAGCUCAGUGGAAAAGACAAAAAUUCGUUCCGACUAGCCGUGUGGGCACAGGGACUCGGUGAAGGAGAGUGAAACAAUUGGCGUAACAAGCAAGGCGAAUGCGAAUAUUAUGAGCAGUGAACGAACAGCCCUGGGAGCGCAUUCAAAAAGCAAAAAAAACGAUGCAAAUAAACCAACC